AUCCUUCGAUUGAUUUUUUCGAUGUUCAUUUCACUCGCCUGAACUAAGUAGGGCCUUGCCUCUGAUGCCAGUUUAGGGUACAUUUUAUUACGUUACCCGAUCACUUUUCAGUCUUCUCGGUCCAGUUUUACUAUUGUAAACCAUGGCAGACGACGAAUUAGAUGCAAUUAGGCGGCAGAGAAUGGCGGAGCUACAAGCAAAGCACGGGGAUGGUUCAAAUAACCAGCAGCAAGCAGAGGAGGCCAAACAGAGAGAUACAGAUAUGAGGAACUCUAUAUUGGCUCAAGUCCUCGACCAGUCUGCCCGUGCCAGAUUGAGCAAUCUUGCUUUGGUGAAGCCGGAGAAGGCCAAUGCAGUUGAAAACUAUCUCAUUCAAAUGGCUCGUUUUGGGAAGUUGGCAGGAAAGAUUUCGGAGUCGGGCCUGAUCGAGAUUCUAGAAAAAGUCAGUCAGCAAACAGACAAGAAAACAACUGUCAAAUUCAACAGGCGGAGGGUGAUGGAUUCAGAUGAUGAGGAUGAUUACUAACUUCAAACAAGAACCCUGGAACAUGCCAAGAAAUUGAGAGAGGAUACGCUUUGCUGGGACUUUGAUACUAUCUUUGACCUGUGAGCUGAAUCCUGGGAAGCCACACUAGUUUCUGUGUGUCUCUGGAAACUUUCAUACCAAGAGGGAAGAACAAAGUGGAGUUGACGCUGUGGCAUAAGUGGCUGGGGGAUAAAAUACACACAGUGACAAAAAUAAGAGGCGUGAUCUCUUUUCAGUCAAGUGGCCAUAAAUUUGUUCUGCGUGUGUUGUACCCCUCACACAUCAUGGCACUGUUUGACUCCUCGUCCCUCUCAGUUGUUAUUUUCUUUAAUUUCACCAUAUAUGACUUCUGUUCUUUAAUCACAAGAAGCUAGGAAUAAUGCGCUGCUGCUGAUGCAUUUUAUUCAGACGGUUCUGUGAACAUACAAUACAUUGUUCUUGAUUCCAGGCCAACAUCCCAUUAGCUUUGGAUGUUGCACUUGGAUACUUUUCUUUUUGUUCCCAUGUAUCUUAAAAGUUUACAUAAAAAUAAAAAAAGCCUUAAAUUCAAA